UGUAGCACAGCGGAUGCAAAUAGUCUUUGAAAUGUUGCGUCAAUCCGAACAUUUGCAUUUUCGCCGACGGCAAGCGCUUGUCAUUUUGAGCUUUAUAGUAAUCCUUUUCUUGGAUUUUUCUUAUGCCGAUAAUCCUAACAAUAAGGAUGAAGAUACCACGGUACCAGAUACUGCUCUCAUACAUCGUAUGGCUAAAGCUCCUUUGAAGCUUGUCAGCGAAAUUCGCCACGCAGUCGCUGGUAAAGAACCUGCAUCGAACGGUGUCGGCGAGAACGCC